GCGCUUGCAGACUUUUCGUAUCGAUAGCUAGCGAGGUAGUUUUUGUUUUCCUUAGCGAUCUGCAUUUAAAUACAUGUUGUAUUUUUGGUAUUGUUAAUUAUCCUUAUCCAUUCUCAGAUACAUGCAAGGUGUUGUGAAGCUAGCUAACUUACGCCCUUUAACGUUACUUACCAACUCUGCACGUGUCGUUGUUUUCUUGGUACCUGCUAGUACUGUAACGUUAGUCAGCUAGCAAAACAAAACAAAUUUACCUAGCCAUAGCUGUAGUAGUCACACUAUUGUGGAGAUAAUCGUAUCACAAUGUCAAAAAGAAAAGUCACGUUUGGGGACGGCGAUGGUGGAGAGUUGUUGGAUGAGGACGUUCCAAAGAAAAAGGUGCUGCCACAAACACUUGUUCUCAGAUCAUAAGUACAGUGUUAUUUGAAUUUUUUAACAGCAUAGAGUGGGACAUACGAAUUACAUCUGACCAACACAAAUAUGCUUUUUGAUGUAAGAAUCUUUCAGUUACUUGUGUUAGCUAGAGGUAUUUGUUUGUGGGUUUUCUAUACUGACCAGUUUGCUUUGCUAUCUCACCUGGGAUCUCACCAGUUAUGUGAGGAUGUGGUUGGGCCGGGCUCCAGGUUCAAGGGGAAACAUUCUCUGGACAGUGACGAGGAGGACGAGGAAGAAGAUGGAGAUAAGAGCAGCAAAUACAACAUAUUGGCCAGUGACGAUGUGGAAGGUCAGGAGGGGGCAACAAUUAACUGUGACGAGGGAGUUCCCAUCACACCCUUUAACCUGGAUGAGGAGAUGCAAGAAGGGCACUUUGACUCUGAAGGAAACUACUAUGUCAAAAAGGAUGAGGAGAUCAGGGACAACUGGCUUGACAACAUUGACUGGGUGAAAAUAAGAGAGCAACCUACUAAACGAAAGAAGAAAGGUCUGGCAGCCAAGAGGAGGAGGAGAGUGGGGGAUGAAGAUGAGGCAGAAGAAGAGAAACAGCGAGAGGAGAAGCAGGCAGACAGUGACGAAGAGGAAGACAUGGAAGAAGAAAAGGAGCCAGUUGAGGACCCCCUGGCAUCCUACAGCCAGUAUCAGCUCACAGAGGCUGUGUUGGAGCUGCUAUUACCUGGGGAGACUGUUGCCGCAGGGCUUCGCCGGCUUGGAGGCCUAGGUGGGCGUAAGAAGGGAAAGCAGAGGGGAGAGAACGGGAAAGCAGAAGAAACAAAUAGGGAUACCGAAAAACUGGACAGGCUCACGGCACUGGCAGACAGACUGGUUGGGAGUGGAGUGUUUGAAAUAUACCAGCAGACGUAUGAAAAACUGGCCUACACGCUGAAAGGGAAGAGCCAGCAGCAAUCAGUGGGGAGGAGUUUAAAUGGAGAGGAGGAAGAAGAUGAGCUUGACAUGUUUGCAGACAAAAUUGACGAGAAGCACAGUGUCAAAGCUCCGGACAAAGAGGAUCAGGAUGAUGAGACGGUGAGUGAUGAGGUGAUGUGGGAGUAUAAAUGGGACACAGAGGAGAAUUCUGAACUCUACGGCCCCUUCAGCAGUCAGCAGAUGCAGGGCUGGGUGGAUGAGGGCUAUUUCAAAGAUGGUGUUUACUGCAGGAGGAUUGAACAGGGAAGCGCUCAGUUCUACAAUUCCAAGAGACUAGACUUUGAUCUUUACACAUGACCAUGAUGAGUUCUUGACUAAUAAUGUUAUGUAUUAUGUUGUUUCAUGUGGACCCCAGGAAGAGUAGCUGCUGCGUUAGCAGUGGCUAAUGGGGACCCUAAUAAAUACCAAUGAUAGUCACACACACACACACAUCCAAAUUCUCUGUUAUCUGAACUCUUAUUGUAUGUAGCCUUACUGUUUUAAAAUAAACAAAUUGGUAUUUUA